GGAAGGGUCCGUGAUAUACGCCCUUAAAAAUAGGGUCAUGUUGAAACGAAUUGGAAUUGUAGCGUUCAACUGGUUUGCUGCUUCGACAGCUUACUACGGCCUGUCACUGAACUCCGGCAAUCUUGUGGGCGACUUGUACGUCAACUACGUCGUGACGGCCGCGGUGGAAUUACCAGCUUGUGUCUUCACGUAUGUUACCCUGGACAGGCUAGGAAGGAAAGGCCCUCACGUGUUCAGCAUGUUCCUCUGCGGGAUCGCCUGUCUCACAAACAUCUUCAUAGUACUAUACGUGGAUAAGGAACAUCAUUGGAUAACGGUGGCGCUCUCCACCGUUGGAAAGUUCGGGUCAACGGCAGCUUUCACCACGAUUUAUAUCUUCGCCAGUGAAUUAUUUCCCACCACGACCAGAAACGGCAUCAUGGGGCUCUGCAGCGUCGGCGGUAGAGUAGGAAGUAUGGUUUCACCAUAUAUAGCUAGUCUGGGUGACCUGAUCGUUGGAAUCUACGGGGUCGUCCUCCCCAUGACCAUAUUUGGAGUCAUUGCCCUGGUUGCUGGCGUCCUGGCCAUAUUUUUACCGGAAACCAUGGGCGAGGCACUGCCUGAUACUAUAGAACAAGCUUUGGAACUAGGCAAGAGAAAGAGGAAACAGUUGGGAACAGAUGAGUCAAAAAUAAUAAUGGACAAUGAUACGUUCAUUGACAGUUGCAGGAUCUAUGAGACAUUUGGAGAGAAGAAACCUGCAUCGGAUCAAGUGACACUGCCUUCAUAUCAGGUCCAACCUGACAGGAUUGAUGAGAAAAACAUAGAGAGUACGCGGAUUUGAUGGAGGAAAAUCCAUUAGACUGAAGAUAUAUAUGUGCGACUCUAUGGGGACUGAUGAAUUGCGUAACUGAGGUCGUGGUUUUGCCUUUGUUCUUCUUUUGUUUCAAAUCCUCAAUGGGAACUUUAAAAGUGAUGAUUUUGAUUGAAUCUAAAUCAUGCAUUGUUAUCAAGAACUUUGUGAAGAACCUACAUGUAUAUAUAUAUAAUACAGUAGAACCUAUCUAUUAAGGACACCCUCCGGACUGACAAAUGCUGUCCUUAAUAGAGAGGUGUCCUGAUUAGAGAGGUCAAAUUGAAUGGAAAGUACCAAUUUGGGACAAAAACUAGUGUCCAUAACAGAGAGGUCGUCCUUAAUAGAGAGGUGUCCGCUA